AUGGCGUCCUCUGUGAUCUUUCUUGUUCUUCUGCAGCUGUGUGGCCUCCAGCUGAUGCUGGUUGCGAUGCCAACUUGUAGGAUGAGGGAGAACCUGGUCCGGACCAGCCACCACCUGCUCAGAGACCUGGGGGGGCCAUUUCCUGUCCACUGCCUGCAAUACAACGUCAACAUCUCCUUCCCAGACUCCGCCCUGCCUGCCACCACAGCCAAUCAUGCUCAGUGCCGCCGGGCAUUAUGGGUAGUGUAUGAGACACUCAACGAGACACAGCUGAUCCUCCAGAACAACCACUUACCUGUUGGAGGGGGCGGAGUCACCUGGGACGAAGGGAAACUCGAUACCUUCAUGAACCUGCAGGAGCGACUGCUGGAGGAGGGAAGCUGUCUCUCCACUGGUCCACAUGCUGUGUCGUCUUAUUUCAGUAACGUCACAGCUGUUCUGCAGCACAAGGAAAGCGCUGCCUGUGGUUGGAUGGCUCUGAGGAGAGACGUUCUCAGGGUCCUAAAGAUCGUCCUGCACAAACACCACAACUGCUUCCUUUAA